AUGACGAAGUCUUUUCUGAAGGAUAUCUUAGUAGAUGAAUUUCGAGCAUCAAAGAAUAAGAAGACUGCAGAUGAUGUGCAAGAUCUGCUUCAUCUGGAAUAUGACCUUGUUUGGUAUAAAGAUUCAAUUGAAAGUUGUAAUCCUGGUAGCGUCGUCAAGUUUGAGUAUGAUGGUGAAACGAAGCAGUUCCAGAGGUUUUUUGUUGCUUUCGAAGCUUCUAUUACUGGUUUCAAUAAGUACUGUCGUCCGAUGUUGUUUAUUGAUUGUACUUUUCUCACUGGGAAGUUUAAGGGCGAUCUUAUCGUUGCUUGCGGGAAAACUGGUAACCAAGACAUCUAUCCAGUUGCAUUUGGAAUUGUUCCUUGUGAAAAUUAUGACAUUUGGGAAUGGUUCUUAACCAAUUUUAAGGGUAUUAUCAUUGAAGACCGUCCACUGACUAUCAUAUCAAACCGUGGAGCUGGGCUUUUGAAGCAUGUCCCUCUUGUCUUUCCAAAAGCUUACCAUUCUUUCUGUUUGUACCACAUGAAAGGUAAUAUUCCGGUUCCAAAGGGAAAGAGUAGGCAAACUGCUGUGAAGCUGUUUGAAGAGUGCUACACUGCGUUAACAAAGGAGAAGUUUUAUGUUGCUUCCAAGAGUAUGAGCAAUCUGAAGAUGGAUUCAGUUAUUGAUUGGAUGGUAAAGAUUCCGUUCAAGAACUUGGCUGCUCAUGCAUUUCUAGGAGAAAGGUUUGGUGAGAACACAUCAAACAUUGUUGGGAGUUUUAACAGUGUGAUUAAGCAUGAUAAGAGGCUUCCUUCACUUGAGCUUCUAGAUUCUAUUCGUGCUUAUGUAAUGGAGCAGAACUACCAGAGGAAGGUUGAGUAUGGUAAGUGGACUGGAAAGCUUACUCCCCGGAUGCAGGCUAGGCUCAACAAGAGGGUGACUGAUUGCCGUUUUUACAAGUUCCUUAGAUCAGGUGGUAAAGUUUUCGAGAUCAUUUAUCCUACUGGAAAGCACUUAGUCGACUUGGAUGCUAAGAUUUGCACUUGA